CUUACCAAAUUGUAUGCUGUACAUGUUAGAGCAUGAAAUUAUGUGUGACGUCACAUUCCGUGUUGGAGAAAGCCGCAAAACAAUUAAGGCACAUAAGAAUAUCUUGGCGGGUCGAAGCUUAAUAUUUCAUACGAUGUUUGAAAGUUUACUUCCUGAAAAAGAAGAAAUCAACAUACCUGACAUUUAUGUUGAUACAUUUAAUGACCUUCUUCGGUAUGCAUACAUUGAUGAUGUUCAAAUAUCAACAAACAAUGUUAACAGAAUGUUAUAUGCAGCUGACAAAUACAUGCUUUCAACACCUAAGACAAAGUGUUGUGAACUUCUUCAAUCAACUGCACAAUCUUCAAAUGCCGUUGUGACGCUUUCAACGGCAAAUCAAUUCCAUCUUGAAGAUCUACAAAAGGAAAGCUUACAGUAUAUAAAAGAUAAUACGGAAGAAUGCCUGUUGUCUAGUCAUGCAGUUCAGCUAAAUACCGAAUGCGUUCAAAUGAUUGUAACGUCUGAAUAUCUUUCCUGUUCCGAGACAGAAGUUUGCAAAUUUUUCCUGAAGUGGACAGAAGCUCAAUGUAAACUGCACGGAAAAGAAGUAUGGUAA